AUGUUACUAAAACGCAGGCAACGUAUCAACGAUCAAACAAGUGAAGACUUCGAGCAUGUACUAGUUUGGAGCAAAUACGCUGUUCUGUUCGAGGCCGCUCUUGAAUCAGCUCCUCAGUUCAUUAUUCAGUUGUACGCCAUGGUUGUUCAACAGCAAUCCGUGACGAUAGUUCAAAUGGUUUCCCUAUCUGUGUCUUUCCUCAGCAUGGCUUGGGCGUCAAUUGUUGCUGAUGAGGCUCUUCACAGUAACCAAGGAGACCUCAACUUCAGUGUACAAGAUAGAGUUCUACAGUUUGUAACGUACCUAUUUAUUUUAAGCAGUCGACUCUUUGCAGUUGCUUUGUUCACUGUAAGCUACAAGUGGUGGGUUACCAGUGUUUUGAUCCUUCACUGUGCGGUGAUGGUGUUAUGUGACGUUUGCCAAAAAGAAAGCUUGGUUUCCGGAAACAAAUUUAUAUCGGUUUUAGUCUCCUGCAUCCAUUGGUUACGAGAUGAUUUGUCGAUGAUCACAGUUAAAAACGAAACAGAAAACAGGAAGAUGAAACUUGUCAAAAGAAUGCAGUUGGUCUCCAAUGUGCUGUUUGUGAUAGAAAACAUCACCAUGAUCCUGUUGUUUUAUUUCAGUCAUUUCCCUCACACCUGGUACUCCUUACCAGUCACCAUCUGUGUCUGUUUGUUUGCUGUUCUUGGAGCCGUAAUGAGACUUACUCAUUUCUGUUUUUUGUAUGAGGAUUCAGAUGAUGAGGAUUCA